AUGUCCCACCUCUCGAAUAUGCUUGGAGGUGUUGACUAUCAACGGCCCCAAUCCACCCAGCAGCAGUACAAGACAACCCCCUGGGUAAAAGUACAGCCUCACAGGGUUCUUCGGCCAACGGAACUCUCCUACAAUUCGCGCGCAAAAACAUACAAACCAUUUGCCAAGUACCAAGUGGCUCCACCUCCCUCUAUCGCCAGAGGAAAUGACGUCUUCUACCGUCUCAACCUCGACCCCCGCUCCUUCACUAUGAACCCAGAGGUCCUCUAUCAAUUCGUAUCGGGCAUGGGCAAAAUCUAUCCCCGGGAACAGACGAUGCUCACUGCAAAAAGUCAACGCCUCCUAGCCAAGACCAUUCGGCGCGCGAAGCAGAUGGGUGUCAUGGCCAAUCUCAGCCGACCUCGGUCGAGCUUCUAA